AUGUCCGGCCCCACCAACGCCUCUCAGCCGACCGCCGUCGGCGCGGCUGAGGACAACAACCUCCAGUCGCUUAAGGACUACCUCUCGAUGCACCAGCUUGAGCCCCUGCUGAACCACCUCAUGACCGUGGUCCUGUUCCACCGUCCGGAGGACCCGCUGCUCUUCAUGAGCCAUGCCCUCAAGGAGGCCUACGAUGUCCUGGCUGCUUCCGGCAAGAAGACCCUUGAGCCGGCUGCCGCGGCCGCCCUCUUCAACGACGCCUCCGUCGACCCGAGCGCCUCGGCCUCCACCCAGUCCACCGUCCAGUCGGCCAUCGACCCGUCGGUCACUCCGGACGCCCUGCGCGAGCGCCUCCAGAGCCAGCUCGGUGUCAACUACCACAUGCGCCGGCGUGGGUCCGUCAGUGCCGAAUCCAUGAACCCCACUGACCUGGACAAUGUCGAGCGUGUGGUCAUUGCCAAGAGCCAAGAGGCCCGCAUCCAGAUCGCCAUCGCCAUCUCCGGCAACUUGCUUUUCCGGAACCUGGAUCGCGACCAGAAGCAGGAGGUCGUGGACGCCAUGUUCGAGCGCCGCGUCACCGCCGGCGAGGAGGUCAUCCGCCAGGGCGACGAGGGUGACAACUUCUACGUCGUGUCCGAGGGCACCUUCGCCGUGCUGAUUGACGGCCGCCAGGUGGUGGAGAUCGGCAAGUCCGGCAGCUUCGGCGAGCUGGCCCUCAUGUACAACACCCCGCGCGCGGCCACCAUUCGGGCCCAGACCGAUGGUGUCCUGUGGGCCGUCGAUCGUGUGACCUUCCGCCGGAUCAUCAUGAACAACACCUUCCGCAAGCGCAAGAUGUAUGAGACCUUCAUCGCCAGUGUGCCGAUCCUCCAGUCGCUGGAGACCAGCGAGCGCAUCAAGAUCGCCGACGCCCUGGAGCCUGUGCAUUUCGAGGAUGGCGAGGAGAUCAUCGGCGAGGGCACCUUCGGUGACACUUUCUACAUCAUCGUCGAGGGCGAGGCCGUCGUCACCAAGACCGUUCAGCCGGGCCAGGCCGCCGCCACCAGCAGCGAGGAGGGCCAGGAGGGCUCCAGCGCGUCUGGGUCUGCUACCUCUUCCAGCGCCGGCAACAAGUCCUCGGCCGAUGGCGGCGCGGAGGACGGUGCCAGUGACUCGGACUGCUCGGACUCCUCCGACGCCGAUGAUGACUCCAACACCGUCAUCGUCAACCACCUGGCCAAGGGCGACUACUUCGGCGAGCUGGCCCUCCUGACUGAUCAGCCGCGCGCGGCCACCGUCACCGCCCAGGGGUCGGUGGAGUGUGUGUGCCUGGACCGCCGUGCUUUCAUCCGUCUCCUUGGCCCCCUCACCAGCAUCCUCAAGCGCAAUGCCGAGACCUACCAGCGCUACACCAAGAACCUCGAGAGCCACCACGUCAUCACCGACGAGCAUGACGAUCACUCGGUCAUCGAUGACAUCUCGGCCAGCUCCUCGGUUCCCUCCUCGCCGGCUCUGGCCCAUGCCCCGGCUCCCACCUACAACGUCACCGAGGAGCAGGAGAUGGAUGAUGAUGACGAUGAUGAUGACGACGACGACGACGACACCAGCAGCAAGGACAAUGGGGACGCCAGCUCCUAA